UGCAUAACGACAGUCUAAAUUCAUUAUUUUGUAACCUUAGCUAGCUAACAUCGGUAUGGCCUAGCUAGGCAGCCUGUCAUGUCAGUAAAACCCGUUUCACUUUUUACUCAUUUUCUAACGUUAAUCAGUCACUGCAAGUGAUUUCAAAUACGGAUUGUUCAAUUAUUGAACUGGAAUCAAACUAGUUAAUUCAAUGUAACGUUAUAUCCUAUGUCUGCCCGCUCAGACUGUGGCGGAAGCUCUGUCUAAACGCAAGUACGCCUCGCAAGCGAUACAGUUUUGGAAAAAUAUGGAACGUAACUUUGAUAUCAGUGACAAAUAAUUUUCUAAACACAAAAGAUUAAAUUACUAUAGACUAUGGCUAGCGUUCCUACACGGCCAUAUUUCCAUUUUACAUCGCUUGUUUACAGAGUCGGCGACUACCUGUGCUAAUUAGCUAUCUGCAUCUGAACACCUGUGUGUAACGGAAGGAUGCCACAAACAUGUAACUGAAAAAUGGUCAACUUUCCACUGUGUAAAGCUGCAACCCAACUCUGAGCCAUGUCGUCACGCGUGCUGCUUCGGCAGCAGCUGAUGCGGGAACAAGCCCAGGAGCAAGAGAGACGGGAGGCCCAGGAGCAGGCCUCUGUGGCUCAGCUCAGGGCAACUGACUCCACCCCUGCUAUCGCUGUCACUCUGCCCCCAAUAGCUGCUCGCCCUCUUUCCGCACAGGUGCCCGUGGAGGUUUUGAAGGUGCAGACCCACCUGGAGAACCCCACCAAGUUUCACAUCCAGCAGUCUCAGAGGCAGCAGGUGAAGCAGUAUCUCUCUGCCACCCUCUGCAAUAAGGGGGCAACUCAGACCCUGGGUGUGUCUCCCCUGGCCCUGUCUAGCUCUGCCCCUGAGAUGGAUCCCAUAGCCCGCAGUGCUCCCAACAGCUCCAUGGCUUUACACAACCUGGGAUCCAACAAAGAGGAGAUAGAUGGUGUAAUUGAUGACAUCAUCAGCCUUGAAUCAAGUUUCAGUGACGAUUUCAUGACAUUAAUUGAAUUGGGGCUACAGCUGCCUAGUAAGCUCCCCGGGAACCUCCUGGAAGUUAACCAUAGUCCUGGAAUGGCAGCACCUACCCUCACUGUCAGCAACUCCUGCCCUCCGGAUCUAACCAAUAUUAAAAGGGAAUACUCUGAUGCAGAUAACAAAGCGCUGGUGAAAGAGAGACAGAAGAAAGACAACCAUAACCUCAUUGAGAGGAAGCGGAGGUUUAACAUCAAUGACCGCAUAACAGAGCUGGGGUCCAUAAUACCCAAUUCAAGGGACUUGGAGUUGCGCUGGAAUAAGGGCACCAUUCUGAAGGCCUCAGUGGACUACAUCAGGAAGCUGCAGAAGGAGCAGCAGAGAGCCAAGGAGGUAGAGAUGCGUCAGAAGAAGCUGGAACAUGCUAACCACUGCUUGAUGCUGCGCAUCCAGGAGUUGGAAGUGCAGGCUCAGCUUCAUGGACUCUCCAGCCCGAUGUCCUAUGGUCUGAGUUCAGACCCCUCCUUCCUCCAGCAGCAGCACCUUCAGCAGGGAGGUCAUAUACUUGGGCCCAGAACUGGAGUGGCCUGCUCCCAAACCUUUCUCAGCUUGGGUGAUGCAGCCAUGGCACAGGCCAUCCCUACCUCCUUCCUCUCUCCACCCUCCUCUGACUCCCCUGUGGGUGUGACCAUAGGCAGCCCCCUCGACCUGGGCAGUCUGAGCUUCGCCGAGCUGGAUGACCCCUCCAAUGCUGGGCUGUUCCCAGGCGUGGGGUUGGGGGACAUCCUCAUGGAUGAGGGGUGCACACUGUCCCCUGAGAGGGUGGACCCACUGUUUUUCGUGACACCAGGUGCCUCGAAGACCAACAGUCGUAGGAGCAGCUUCAGCAUGGAGGAGGACUUGUAAAGGGUCUUAUUGGGGUCUGCUUUAAAACAAACAGACAAUCGUUUAACUGAACAGGACUUUGAUCUGAAUCAUGCAUCAGUACAAAAUAAAUGACAAUCCUUCCCUCUCUUACCAAGUUAAUAUUGGUCCCUGAACUUAGAAAAAGAAAACAAAAACUUUUCGGUACACGAAUCAAUAGUAAUGCAAUCAUUUUCAAAUGGAAAAUAGUAAAAUUAGUAUUUGGAUAUGGACUAUGGACAUUGAUUUGUGUUCUGUUUCUUGCAAGCCUCAACUCAACCAAGAGUUCCCUGCAGAGAAAUUAAAGAGGAAAUAGUGGUGGUUUAGUCAAGUAUAUUAUUGGUCCUUGUAGAGCGUAUACUUUGUGCACUUUGCAACUUUUGUGGGAAGAAAGCAAUGAGGUUCUUGUAUCUAUUUAGUGAAAUUGGCAUGAACUACAUAACAGGUGUGCUAUUGAAUUGAGAUAUUUUUUAACUGACUUGAAUCAGGAUUUGUUAGCUUAAAGUGUAUGCCUUUUUUUACAUAUCUCAGAAGGUUUGUGUAACAAAAAAUUUACCAAAGUAGUAUUUAUUAAAUAUAUGGCACAUAGUGAUUGUGAUAUAAUAAUAAAAAAUAAAAAAACACAUUUGAUGACCUGUAAAAACAAAAAAAAUCUAGAUUUACUGUAUCUUACAUUUACUUUCAAAGCAUGUUGCGCCUUUUCCUGUUGUCUGUAUGCAUUUUCUUUUAACGCUUUUGUCCGUUGAAUGGUUGUACAGCUGGUCACUAACUCAACUAACAAUGAACAAGAGAAGGAGAGAAGUAAAACAAAAGCUACUGCAGCCAGUCAGCCAAAGCAGGCCACCUUUCACAGAAUGGUAAUAUAUUUAAGUCAUUAUACGGGUGUGUUAUAUAUUGUUAUAUAGUAAAUGGAAGUAUAGCUUUAACGUAUGUUAAUCUCUGAAACACUGCAUGUUACAUGUGUUUGUGUUGCAAAAACAUGCACUGGGUUGUGUGCAGUAGUCUAUUUCUGAUGUCAUAUGGUCAUUUGUGAUGAUAUAAGAUUAUGUUGAAUAAGAUUUAUAUAGCUCACAUAGACUUGGCCCCUAACUCUAGACAUACAGUUAAAAUGAAUCCUUAAUCCACUACUUUCUUAGUCCUCUAAUCUGAAAAUGUGUAUGGUCAUGGGACUGUCUAACAUUCCCCAUGUUUUUCUCAGAGACUGAAAUCUGUAUAUGGUUAUUAUCACUCCUCUAGCCCCCAUAGUCUUCCUUUAAUUUGUAUUGACAAGCUUUUCAAAGAAAAGUACAUUCAUUACCUGUAUAUGUUUAGGAAUCUGUUUCCAUGUCUGUUUUAUCUAUUGCCAUUGAUGCUUCCGAGAUGCUUCUCAUUCUUGAAACAAUAGUGCCUUUCCUCCAUGUCAAGGAAGAUCCCUGCAGUGUACUCUCCUAACACAGGCUUUUUUUAUGGAGAUGAAAAUGUUUGAGACCAACAAUGCAAUAUCUGUCUGAUUAUCUGUUUCUAAUGCACAUUGUAGUGUUUGUGUCAAUUAAUCCCUUAAAGGAUGGGUUGCCAACUGGCGAUUUGACACAUACAAUUUCAUUUUUUCAUUAAUUGUCUGUGACUUGAUUGUAGCUCUAAUUUGAAUCAUUUAGAAAAAUAUCUAUUUUUGCUGUUCUGAUUUUCAGUUAUGGUUCUGCUUUUACUGGAAUGCAAACCUCUAACAGCCUUAAAGGGAAUAUAUUGUUGUUGGACACUUUUUAUAUUUUAAUGUGUAUUGAGUUACUAGCUUUUUCUAUGCUCAGAUAAGCAACCUGUCUAAAUCUACACUAUUGUCUGGUGUGUUUGUUUAUUUUAAACGAAAUAAAA